AUGGACACGUUGUCAUGGAUAUUUUUUUAUGGAGCGCUGGGUGUAGCGUUGGGUUCCAAGUCGGAGCGAGCGGUACAGGAGGAGGAGUGUGAAUCGGGUCAAUACACCAACAGUGGAGAAUGUUGUCUGGAGUGCCCACCUGGAGAGGGAGUAGUCAGGAAGUGUGGAGCUACACAGACAGAGUGUGCCCAGUGUCUGGACAGUGAGACAUUUUCGGAGACAUACAGUCAUACAGACACAUGCCAGCCUUGCACUCAGUGUAAAGGACUGAUGCGGAUGCUGACCCCCUGCACAGACUCCAACGACGCAGUGUGUGUGUGUGACUAUGGUUACUACCUGAGCUCCAUAACGGGGAAGUGUGAAGUGUGUACGGUGUGUCCGCAGGGUCAGGGGGUGUACAUGCGUUGCGAGCACGACCACGACACGGUGUGUGAGGAGUGUGUGGACGAUACGUACUCGGACCAGGAGAAUUUGCUGGACCCCUGUCUGCCGUGCACCAUCUGUGAGGAGGGGAUAGAGAUUCAGCUAAGGGAAUGUGCUCCCACCCAUGAUGCAGUCUGUCAUGAUCCGCUCGCGCCCACCUUCUCCACUUCCGCGUCUCCCCCGAGCCCGUCUCCUCCCUCCUUCACCGACCCGUGGAGCUCCGGCCCGGGGGACGAGGCCACCACGGCCAAGCCCAGCAAACCACACAUCAUGAGGAACGGCCUUAACGAGAACCUCAUCCCCAUCUACUGCUCCAUACUGGCCGCAGUGCUGGUGGGGCUACUCGCCUACAUUAUCUUUAAGAGGUGGAACAGCUGCAAACAGAACAAGCCUGCAGCCAACAACCGGGCGGCGACGGCCAAUCAGACGCCGUCUCCGGAGGGUGAGAAGCUGCACAGCGACAGCGGCAUAUCCGUGGACAGCCAGAGCCUCCAGGAGCAACACGCCCAACACGCCCAGCAGACCCAGGCCCAGGCCCAGGCCCAAGCCCAGGCCCAGCCGCAGCUGCACGCACCAGAACACAUCGUGGUCAGGGUGGAUGGGGGACCCCAGGUGGACCCUCCCCCACCUCAAGCCUGA